AAUCGCCAAACAAAUGGUCUCCAGAAACGAAAAGAGAUAAUAGGCCGCUUGUGGGUUGGUACUGCGGAGUGGACGGCACAAUCGUGGAAAUCAGUAACCAAGUACAAAAGACACAACACAACGCAAGCCGCAGCAGAAUGCCGAAAGCCGUGGUGCAGAAAGAGGAGAACAGCAGCGAUGGAAAUCGUUCGUCGGUGUUAAAACGCAAGAAUCCGCAUCCGGUACGGGAUCUGUUCAAACCCCAUGGUGAAACACAGCAGGUGUGCCGCUACUGCGGCUGGGUGACGCGCGAAAACGCCACCCGGAUGGUGAAACACAUCAUCAGCGUGUGCAAAAAGGUUCCGGCCAACACCCGGGACUCGAUGCAGAACCUGGUGGAGUCGAAUGCCGAACGCGAGAACCGAUCACUGUUGUCCGGGCACAACAAGAAGGACAUCCACAGCUACUUCCGCCAGUGCGACAAUGGCAAGAAGCGGGAGUGUAAGUACUGCGAGUGGAAAACGAUACUGAAUUUGACGCGGAUGCGGAACCACCUAGUGAUGGUGUGCAAGGAGGUACCGGUGUCCAUCCGGGCCCAGUUCCUGAAGCUGGAGCUGGCCGAAGCGAAGGAGGAACCGGAAGAGACGAUUGUACCGAAUUACGACACGUUCCGUAUCGUGAACGUGCUGGAAGGUGGGGUGCGCAAGGAUUUCGAGGUCAUCUCCUCCGACCAGUUGCCGGAGGAGGUGGACUCACUCGAGAUGGUGCCCGAGGACGGAGAGGCCACAAAUCAGGACAGUACCUACUACUACGAGGUAAACCGAGAGGAGGGCUACAUCAUUCAGCAGAUGGACGAUAACGAUCAGCAAACGGCCAACGAGGGCAUAUCGCUCGAAAUAGCGGAAGAGAGUUGUGACGCUUCGGAAUCCCCUUCCCUACGCCAGAAGAGCGAUGCACAACAACAGAGGCGACAGCAGCAGCAGCAACAGCAGAGUUCAACCAUGGCCAAUAAUCUCGAACUCGUAUCAGAGGAUUCAACUGAAGAAGAUGAAGAUGAUGGUACGAUCGAAGAUGAGAAGCAGCAGGAGCAGCAGCAGUACGAAACGGAGCGACAAUCGAUUGAACAUGAAGCUGCCGAAGACACGAUACUCGAACUGAACAGCUGCUUCUGGUGCCAGAAAUCGUUGAUGGAAAAUGGUGGCACAGCGGUCAUGCGAGACCGAAAGCUCUACUGUUCCCGUGCAUGUGCGUGCGCCAUGGCGAGGGAAAACCAAAACCCUUCCGAGCGACGACAGACGACAAAGCCGGAAUCAUCCCGGACGUUCCCUUCCACCUCAUCGAUCGCCCCCAAAGGAUCGUCCACACCGAUUCAACCGAAAUCGAACCAAGGGACAGCGAGGGAAAUUUCACUUCAAAAACGAAUUCUACUCGGAUCGAAACCAAUCUUGCGACAAAAGGUGGCGGCAGUCGCUUCACCGAGUACGCAGCCGUUAGUAAACAUUCCGCUUUCACCGAGGAAACGCGCCAACAACGGUCAACUGGUGCGCUCCAGAGAAGUAUCCAUUAUCAGGAAAGAAGAUACACCGAAGCGGAUAAGGGUAGAGUCACCAAAGCCAACGAAAGAGGUGGUAAAAGGAGCAACGCCAAUACGUUCCAGUACCUCGUCAAUGGUGUCCGAGGCUGCCGUUAGUGAUGAAGGAUCGUGCCACUCGUUCGGUGGUGGCCAGGUUUACCCCCAGGAAGCGCCACAAUCCGUGGACCACAAGCUGCAGUACACGAAGGCGGUCAUCUCACGGCCGGCACCGGAUUUCGAAGCGACGGCCGUGGUGGACGGAGCGUUCAAGAAGGUGAAACUCUCCGAUUACCUCGGCAAGUACCUGGUGUUCUUCUUCUACCCGCUCGACUUUACCUUCGUCUGCCCGACGGAGAUCCUCGCCUUCUCGGAUCGGGUGGCCGAGUUCCGGAAACUGAACACCGAGGUUAUCGCCGCGAGUAUCGACUCCCACUUUACGCAUCUGGCGUGGAUCAAUACGCCCCGCAAGGAGGGUGGAUUGGGCAAGAUCAACAUCCCACUCGUCAGCGACAUUACCCACAGUAUCGCCAAGGAUUACGGUGUCUUUUUGGAUGAUCUUGGCCACACGCUACGCGGUCUCUUCAUCAUCGACAAUCGUGGUAUUUUGCGUCAAAUCACGAUGAACGAUCUACCGGUGGGCCGAUCGGUGGACGAGACGCUCCGGUUAGUGCAGGCCUUCCAGUACACCGACAAGCACGGUGAAGUGUGCCCAGCAGGAUGGAAACCGGGACAAGAUACGAUUGUACCGAAUCCGGAAGCAAAGAUCAAAUAUUUUGAAAAGAAUAACUAAAGGCUGACGCUGGAGACGCGAGAAGGAUCUGGAAGUACAACGUAUACCUGGAUUGUGCCAGGGUUUUAUACGAAAGCAUAUUUUAAUGCCGGAGGCUGCAUUGUUUAGGGUAAAAGCAGCGGACAGGAGCAAGGGCCUCUUUGGUUGCUCCUCCGUGGUGCAGUAAAGAAGGGAAUAAAAACAUGAAAAACCAGCGAUA